AUGAAUCCCCAAUUUUCUAAAAUUUACAGAUUCUCUAACUUCACAUCUCAAAUUAUCAACCGCAGAAGCCGAAAGCAUGAACUUGCUAAGCUUUUACAGUCACCUUCCACCACCGAUAACCCAAAUUCCUACUUUAAAACGGUUCAUGGACAGAUCAUAGUAUCCGGGUCUCAAUCUGAUACACUUCUUGCAAACAUAUUGAUCAAAAGUUAUUCAAAGUGCGAUAACUUAACCUAUGCACGGACAUUGUUCGAUGAAAUGCCUGAGAGAGACAUAAGCAGUUGGUCUUCGAUGAUUUCUUCUUACACACAACAUGGAUACAGUGAAGAAGCUUGGACGAUAUUUCUCAUGUUCCAAAGAUCCUCUAAUAAAAUCCCAAAUGAGUACGUAUUAGCUAGUGUUAUUAGUGCUACAACUCAGUUAGGAAAUGUGGUUAAGGGUUCUCAGUUGCAUAGUUUGGUUGUUAAAACAGGUCUUGAUCAAGAUAUUUAUGUGGGUACUUCACUUGUUGAUUUCUAUUCCAAAAUCAACAAAAUAGAAGAUGCAAGAUUGAUAUUUGAUUAUUUACCAAUUAAGAACGCAAGAACAUGGACUACAAUAAUAGCUGGUUAUUCAAGAGUAGGAAAGAGUGAAGUUUCUUUACAAUUACUAACCCAAAUGAAGGAAAAUAAUGUUGUUCCAGAUAGAUAUGUUCUCUCUAGUGCUUUAACUGCAUGUUCCAUUAUUGGGUUUUUCAAAGGAGGGAAACAAAUUCAUGGUUUUGUGUUAAGAAGAGAAGCAUCCAUGGAUAUAUCAGUGAGCAAUGCUCUUGUUGAUUUUUAUGUGAAAUGUGGUGAAGUGAAAACAGGAAGAAAGAUUUUUGAUCACAUGGAGUUCAAGAAUGUUAUAUCAUGGACUACUAUGAUAUCUGGCUACAUGCAGAACUUAUUCGAUAAAGAAGCUAUGAAUUUGUUCAUUGAAAUGAGUAAAAAUGGUUGGAAACCAGAUGGAUUCGCAUGUACUAGUGUUCUAACUUCAUGUGCUUCACUUGAAGCUCUAGAUCCAGGUAGACAAAUACAUUGUUAUACGAUCAAAACCAAUCUUGAAAAAGAUGAAUUCGUGAACAAUAGUUUAAUCGACAUGUAUUCCAAAUGCAAUUGUCUAAUUGAUGCGAGAAGAGUCUUUAAUGGGAUCCAAAACCACAAAGUGAUUGGUUACAAUGCGAUGAUUGAAGGGUAUUGUAGACAUGAAAAUCUUCAUGAAGCGUUGGAUCUUUUCCAUGAAAUGAGGGUGAAAUCCAUUGACCCGAGUUUGUUGACUUUUGUAAGUCUUCUUGGCGUUUCAGCUUCUUUGACCACUUUAGAACUUAGUAAACAAAUUCACUCCUUCAUCAUCAAAUUCGGUAUCUCAUUAGAUGUAUUUGCUGGUAGUGCUCUGAUAGAUGUUUACUCAAAAUGUUCGUUCACAUCUGAUGCACGCAAACUGUUUGAUGAAAUGCCUGAAAGAGAUAUUGUAAUAUGGAACGCUAUGAUUUCAGGGUAUACCCAUGUAUCAGAAAGUGAAAACGCAAUAAAACUUUAUCAAGAACUACAACUUACAUAUCAAAAACCAAAUGAAUUCACAUAUGUAGCACUAAUUACAGCAUCUAGUAACCUUGUUAGCCUUUCCCAUGGACACCAAUUUCACACCCAGAUCUUGAAAACGGGUUUAAACCUCGACCCAUUUGUCACAAACGCAUUGUUGGACAUGUAUGCCAAAUGUGGAAGCAAAAAAGAGGCUCAAAAUCUUUUCAACUCCACGUUUUUCAAAGACAUUGUUUGUUGGAAUUCAAUGAUAUCAACAUACGCACAACAUGGGGACGCGAAAGAAUCUUUAAAAUUAUUUAAAAAAAUGAUAAAUGAAAAAAUCCAACCGAAUUAUGUCACGUUUAUAGCUGUUCUCUCGGCUUGUGAUCAUAUGGGCCUUGUAAAAGAAGGGUUCGAUCACUUCUCAACAAUGGGUAAAUUCGGUAUUUCACCCGGGGUGGAGCAUUACGCGUGUAUGGUGUCGCUAUUGGGGAGAGCCGGGAGGGUGUAUGAAGCGAAAGAGUUUAUUGAGAAAUUACCGAUACGCCCUCCGGCGGUGAUUUGGAGGAGUUUGUUAAGCGCGUGUGGAGUUGUUGGAAAUGUCGAAUUAGGUAAAUAUGCGGGUGAAAUGGCGAUUUUGAAUGAUCCGAAAGAGAGUGGAUCGUAUGUUUUGCUUUCUAAUAUUCUUGCAAGUAAGGGUAUGUGGAGUGAGGUGAAGAAGGUGAGAGAGAAAAUGGAAGGAAAUGGGGUGGUGAAAGAAGCUGGAUGUAGUUGGAUUGAAAUGAAUAAUGAAGUUCAUGUUUUUAUCGCGAGAGAUAAAUCGCAUCGUGAGGCGGAUUUGAUUUAUUCGGUGAUUAAUAAUUUGAUUGAUCAUGUUAGAACGCAUCAAACCCUUGUAUGA